AUGAAGACUUCUGUCGUUGCCCUCGCCCUUGCCCUUUCUGGCUCUGCCGUUGGUGCUCCCUUCUCUAGCAGCACCCGCGUCGCAUCGGGCACUCCCUCGGCGUCGACUCCCGCUCAUCUGUCGAGCGACCCUCCUCUGCCCGACCCCUUCGCUUCGAGCAGCGCGCGUCACUCGUCUUCUGCUGCGCCGUCAUCGGGCUCUGUGCCUUACUCCCGAUCAUCCACUCCUACUGGAAGUGCUGUGAAGCGCGGAGAAGCUGGAUUGAUCCCCACGGGCAUCCCGUCGCUGCUGUCUGAUGCGCAGUCGGUGGUUGGAGCUCUUGCCUCUGCGGGUGCUGGCGCCCAAAAGCGUGGUGAGGCACUCUCCAUUCCCACCGAUCUGCCAUCGUUGGUUUCCGACGCUCAGUCUGUCGUGGGUGGUUUGGCUUCUGCUGGUGCUCAGAAGCGAGAUGACGCUCUCUCGCUUCCCACCGAUAUUCCCUCCCUGGUAGAGGGUGUCCAAUCUCUUGGCGCUUCCGUUGCCUCUGCUGGUGCUCAGAAGCGAGGCGACGCUCUGGCGCUGCCCACUGAUCUGCCGUCCUUGGUCUCCGAUGCUCAGUCUGCUGUCGGCGCAUUGGCUUCUGCCGGUGCUCAGAAGCGUGGUGACUCUCCGUCCCUCCCUACUGAUAUUCCCUCUCUGCUGUCGGGGGUCGAGUCUCUCGGUGCUGCCGUUGCCUCUGCUGGUGGCCAGAAGCGUGCUGAGCAGACCAUCCCUAUACUGACUCCCACUGGCUUGCCUACACCUUCCCGCACCCUGUCGACCCGUCCUGCUUCCUCCGCAGUUGCUUCGUCCUCCGGUGCCGCAUCUUCUACUGUCACACCUUCUCCCACUGGAACCCCUACCGGUGCGGCCUCGUCUGGCAGUGCCCGUCCCUCUUCUACCGUGCGCCCACACCCUCUAUUUCCGCUUGUUUUUCCUCCGUUCCUUUUCCUCUCUUUCCACUCUCCCAUUCCUUUACCUUUUCCCUUCUCCUCCAUCUUCUCUUUUGUCAACUUUUCAUCAUACCUCAACCGAGCUCCAUCCCCAAUACCCCGGCUCAACAUGAAGAAGGUAUACACCUCUGUCCUCGCUUACCAGGCGGGGCUUCCUGACGGGUUCAUACUUCGGCCCUUCAGCGAAUCCGACUCUCUCAAAUUCACAUUCGAUAUCUUGCUGGAGAAGAUACAAGAAGAUGGCGAUGGUAGCCAAUGGAUCAUUCUUGUCGCCCUCGCGCCACCAACUGUGAACCGGCUUGCCGACCCCGUGCACCCAAUGGAGAACCUGAGCUACCGGGCUCAAUGGGAGGGCGCAGCUGCACUUAUCAAGGUGGUCGCAGACUGCUCCCACCUCAUGAUGACAGACGAGCUCACAAGGGCCAUCGAUUACCACAUCGCCAUUAUGCAAAACCCUCCAGCUCACAAAUGGAAUGCCAACGCCGCUCACAUGGUCACACCCACCAAAGGCAUCCAAGCCGAUGACUCGUUUUCUCCACAAUGCCGACUGCCUGGCCCCCUGCAAACUUCGACUUGUCCCACUCUCGUCAUCGAGACUGGCCUACCCCUGUCACUUCCUCGACUCCGCGAAAAUGCGAAAGGGUGGUUCGCGAACACAAAUGGUCAUGUGCGCAUCGUUCUCGUUCUCGUCGUCGGAGAGACUGGUAUUCGCAUCGAGAAAUGGCAGUUAGCUCCUCCCUUCGCCCCGCGUCCCCUCAAUGAAGCAUAUAUCGAAUCUUUGCGCGAGCAGUACCCGCCCAUUCCUCCCUUGGCUGAGCAGCUCCCUGCCGUACAGCAAGCAUAUUCGGCGCAGGAGAUCGAGGUUUCGGGUGACAGGCUUGCGGGUGGACCGUUGGUCCUCCCGUUUGUGGCUCUGUUUGAUCAACUUCCUGGCCAGGGAGACCAUGAUGUUGUUCUCGGAGAAGACAACUUUCGGUUUGUCAGCUGCAUUAUUUGA